UGACUGCAAGCCCAAAAUGGCCGCCGACAAACACAAUAAUUCCGGCAUUACUACCAAUUACUACUCGUUUGUUGAGUGCAGAAUUCAAUUUUCGAGGCAGUAAAAUCGAUUAGUGAAUUGAAUCAUAAGGAACAUAAGGUGUCCAUACUCAGAAUGAGACGUCUGGACUCGAAGGAGUACGGCUCUGAGAGGCUUGAAGCUGAAUUGGAGGCUGCCCGGGAUGGCCUGAGGUGUUUGGAUAAAGAUAUUAGAAAAAUUCUUGGUCGAGAUCUUCCUGACAGCGAAAAUGCACCUGCUCAACUAUCCUCCAGGAUUGCACAGAAGCGUCCACUCCAAGAGGAUCGUAAAAGGAACACGGAUCACCUGAGUAACGAUCAAGGUGGGAAGCGUCGUUGGCAAGGGCAGAAUAAUGAACCCAAGACCGUGUUCAGUCGAUUAAGUGCAAGAGUACCCUCCAAUCCUGAUGAUUCUGGAGAUGAUGACGAUGGUAGUGUCAGGCCAGCUGUAUCAUCUCGUGUUAUUGCCACGCCACGUGAAGUUCCAUCACGUCAGGAUGUCAUUAGACGUGAAAAUGUCGAUGAGAGGAGUAGGCAGAGGAAUAAACGAAUGUUCGGAGCACUUCUAGGGACUUUACAGAAAUUCAGACAGGAGGAGACCAAACUCAAGGCUAAGGAAGACAAAAAGGCUGAAGUUGAGGCGAGAGUGGAGGAGGCCAAACGACGUGAGAAAGAGGAAUUGAGACGUGAGAGGCAACAACUGUUUCUAUCACGUAAACGUCAAUUGGCUGAGGUGAAAGCAUUGGAGGCCAAGUUGGCACGUAGCAAGCAAUUCCAAGAGUGGCGCUCUUCGCAGCUACCUCUAGCCAAUUUCAUUCGCACACGUGCACAACCACCUAUUUAUUAUUUACCAAAACGCAAGCAUCCUCGUACUGACGCGUUACUGGUGGAAUGUGCUAAGGAACUUCACGAGGAAGUUGAACGAAGGGAAAAAGUAGUGAUGGAAGAACUAGAAAUAAUAGAAUUCCAAGUAAACAAUAAUAAACCCCAGCAACAAGUGGAUGAGCUCCCAAAUCAACCCCAGAUCGCAGAAGCGCCUCAGCCAAUGGAAGAAGGGGUUGAAAAUUGUGACCCUAAUCCUGAACACCUCCCUGAGGACACUACAGAUCCGAAAAUGCCCACGAUAAUCUCACCGAAGACUGGGGCAACAGAAAAACCACAAAUCAAUGAUGUGAAUGAGGAAAUGGUGACUGAUAUCAAUGUUCCAGAGGAUGAUCCCGUGAAGAACGAGAAUCAUGGUUAACGAUCAUGUCAAUGCUCUCCGGAGCAUUUCUUUUUGUGUUUGUAUAUAUAAUAUAAAACGGCAAGAGAGAAAUGCAAAAUGAUAUGAAGAAGAAAUUUCUAUCAUGGAUUUUUUGGAAUAUUUGUACCUUCACAGGAACUUGAAUUUUUGUCAUCUGUGUACAAUUAAUAUCAUUGGAACAUCACGUAAAUAAUUUGGUUGUUACGCGAGCGUCGUUUAGUUAUUUUUUAUUGAUAAUCAUCGUGUUUCAUCUUCAAAAAUUGAUUCAUUAGUGGAGUGGCAAAAGGGAGUGAAUGCCUCGGAAAAUAGGGAGUGGAGGAGAAUAUGUUGAAGGACUUUCAAAGUUGGGAAUUUCGUGGGCCACAAAAAGGUCUCCUGAUAUUUCUUUAUGAUACCAAUAAUUUCAAGGAACUUUGAGAAUACAUUGAUGUCAACACACCAUUUUAUUGACAAAAUGCACUAUCACAUACAAUGAAGUUCCUUUAUGAAAAAAAUUUAAGGUUUCACAUUAAAACCUUGUUAACAGUAAUUUUAAUUCGUACAUUCAAAGUCCACGAUAUGAAUUUUUAAUUCGAUUAAAGGGAGGAAAAUUGCAGGGGGUUUUCGCGAUUAUGCAGAUGAUUUUGGUAUCAAUUUUUCAUAUUCAAAAAAUUAGAAAAAAUAGUUUCAAUUUUUUUAAUUGACGGCAUAUGGCUGCAUAGGCAUAAAAUCUUCAAAAUAGUCCCCUUACCAGGAUUUUCGGUGGAUUGACUUGAAUUUUGGCUUUCACACACAUAAUGUAAUGGCGAAAAAAAAUUGUCAACUUUUUUGAAAAUCCCAAUUUUUCGGUUUUUUUCGAUACCCU